AUGGGGAACCAGGUGGAGAAACUGACCCACUUAAACUACAAGGAAGUUCCCACGGCCGACCCGACAGGCAUGGACAGAGACGAGGGUCCCAGGAUCGGGGUGUCCUACAUCUUUUCCAAUGACGACGACGAGCUGGAGCAGCAGCAGCAGGACUCAGUGGCUCAGGAUAUGGGAGGCGAGCACCCCGCACCGCAGCCCUAUGACCCUCGGUUGCAGGAGGUGGAGUGUUCGGUUUAUUAUCGGGAUGAGUGUAUCUACCAGAAGACCUUCGCUGGGGAUGAUACCGCACCAGAUGAGAGGGAUGGAGGAGGUGGGGGGCAGUUGAGCACUUACACCCCAGAGAACCUGCUGAACAGAUGUAAACCAGGCGACCUGGUGGAGUUUGUGUGCCAGGCCCAGUACCCACACUGGGCAGUGUAUGUUGGGGAUUUUCAGGUAGUGCACCUGCAUCGGCUGGAGGUGGUGAACAGCUUCCUAACCGAUGCCAGCCAGGGCAGGAGAGGUCGCAUUGCCAACUAUUUGUACCGUUACAAGCCCCUGAGCCCGGCCACUGUGGUGCGGAAUGCCCUGGAGCAGGUGGGCUGUAAGGAUCGGGAGCUGAGCUGGAGGAACUCUGAGUGCUUUGCUGCCUGGUGCCGUUAUGGCAAACGGGAGUUUAAAAUUGGCGGGGAGCUCCGCAUAGGCAAGCAGCCCUACCGGUUGCAGAUCCGGCUGGGGGACAAACGCAGCCACACGCUGGAAUUCCAGAGCCUGGAGGAUCUGAUCAUGGAGAAGAGGAGGAAUGACCAGAUCGGUAGGGCUGCUGUGAUCCAGGAGCUCUCCAGCCAUCUGCAAGCUGCAGAGGAGGAAGAGGAGGAGGAUGAUCCAGGUGCCCAGACUGCUGCUGAGUAG